CGGGGCGGUUGCCUUGGCAGCGCCGGCCCGAGGGAGGGCGGCGGCGCCGGGCCGGACCCCGGCGGGCUGAGGCGGCAGCACGGCCACCGGAGAGCGUGGGGCCCUGCCGGAGGCCGCAUCGGGCAGGUCUGAGCGUCGGGGCGCGCUGCCCGGCGGCCGGCGGGGAUGCGGGACCGGCUGCCGGACCUGACGGCGUGUAGAAAAAAUGAUGAUGGAGACACAGUUCUUGUUGUGGAAAAGGACCAUUUUAUGGACGACUUCUUCCAUCAGGUGGAGGAAAUUAGACAUAGCAUCGCCAAAAUAGCUCAAUAUGUGGAAGAGGUAAAGAAAAAUCACAGCAUCAUUCUUUCUGCCCCAAAUCCGGAAGGAAAAAUAAAAGAAGAGCUUGAGGACCUGAACAAAGAAAUCAAGAAAAUUGCUAACAAAAUACGGGCCAAGUUAAAGGUUAUUGAACAAAGUUUUGAUCAGGACGAGAAUGGGAACCGCACUUCAGUGGAUCUUCGGAUACGAAGGACCCAGCAUUCAGUGCUGUCUCGGAAGUUUGUGGAAGUCAUGACGGGAUACAAUGAAGCCCAGACUCUCUUUCGGGAGCGAAGCAAAGGGCGCAUCCAGCGCCAGCUAGAAAUAACUGGAAGAACCACCACAGAUGAGGAGCUGGAGGAGAUGCUGGAGAGUGGGAAGCCUUCCAUCUUCACCUCAGACAUUAUAUCAGAUUCACAGAUUACUAGACAAGCUCUCAACGAGAUUGAGUCACGUCACAAAGACAUCAUGAAGCUGGAGACCAGCAUCCGAGAACUGCAUGAGAUGUUUAUGGAUAUGGCCAUGUUUGUUGAGACCCAGGGUGAAAUGAUCAACAACAUAGAGAGAAAUGUUAUGAAUGCCACAGACUAUGUGGAACAUGCUAAAGAAGAAACUAAAAAAGCUAUUAAAUAUCACAGCAAAGCAAGAAGGAAGAAGUGGAUGAUUGCUGCUGUGUCAGUGGUUGUCAUUGCCGUGCUUGCUCUAAUUAUUGGCUUAUCCGUUGGCAAAUGAUGGUGUGGAUGGCGCUGGGUGCUUGCCGCUGACAGGGCAGCAAAAAUGAUGUUCAUUAUUAUUUGUGUAGUUAUUUUGCUUGUGAUCCUUGGAAUUAUCCUAGCAACAACAUUGUCAUAGCAACCACGUCCCAAAGAGCCAUUUAUCCUUGGAGACCCAGACCGCAUCUGCAGCAGAGUCAGCGUCCUGUCGUCUCAGGAGUGGACGUGGGCCCUGAGGCUCAGUGUGGCGUUCAUUUAGGAACCCGUUCUCGAGUGAGUGGCCAGGCGGACGCUUUGCCACGAAUCCACCCUGCGGAUCCCAGUGGAUGUGAUGCGCUGCCUGAGGCCCGGGCCUCAGCACAGACUUAACCGUGUGACUCUGCUGAAAUUUCAGUGGCCUGGAAAUAAGGAAUGAUUGAAAAUUGCAAUUUUUAAAAACUAUUUCAGUGUUAAAACAUAUGUCAAGUUUAAUUAGGAAUAUUUUAUGUUAUAAAGCUAUCUGAUUGCAGGUCUAAGCCUAGCUUUCCUCCCCUCCUCCCAGCUGACAUAUGCUAAUUAAGAGCCUUUUUGUACUAGGUUUAAUUCAUGUUUAUAUAUCUUAUUUGCAGGAAUCGUUUUUUAUUAUCACAGGGCUAUUUUGUAAGAUAUUUGUAACGUUAAAUGUUUAUGGAUUGUUUAAUAUAUUAACAUCUAAUUGACCCCUUUUUAUAUACUGGGUGUUGCCGUGCUAAGGACUGGAAAGCCUCAUGGUGCUGGUCCUUAUCAGCAUGUACAGCUCCUGCUGUCACAGAAACACCUGUCGCACAGCCUCAGAACCCUCACGUGCCUUCUGCUGACAUUCACUUAGGGAGUUGGAGCGUACCCAGUACCCCUCCUGAGAACUCUGGGCUGUUGCAGCCGGUUAGUUGCUGCCUGCCAGUGCUGAGGUAAUAAAUAGUUCUUGCAUCGUAAAGAUCACGGUCUCUUCUUUGCUCAUGGGAAACAAGAUGGUGUUUCCCAUUUACGUUGAUAGGGUCUGAACUUGAGAUGGUGAUAGAACCAAGAUUUAGUGUUCUGUAAACUCAAGGACAUGAUUCCCAGAUAUUAAGUAAUCCUUAUGAAUUUAAAUUCUUGUACUUAGAUGUUCUUAAUAUUUUACUGAACUCUUAAUUCCCAAAGUUUAUGUGAAUCUAUGACGCUUAAACCUUGUGUUGCUUAUUAAGGCUUUCAGUUUCAGAAUAUGUUUUAUUUUUGGCCUUGGGAAAUGUGUGACUCGGUGAGUGGACGUGGGGUGGCAGAGUCCUUAGAGCGGCCCCUCCUGACUGCUGUGAGGACCUGGGGCUGGACUUUGACCUUGUUUGCUUUGAGCUAACAUUGCUGGUUUUGAACACUAAGUGUGAUACUGAACACUGUAGAAACCAUGUUCCUUAUUUCAUGUAAUUAUGACUUCCGCAGCUUGACUCCAUGUCUGUGUUCUUCCCUUUGCUAUGCGUGGCCGUGGCCGUCCUGUAUGCUGAGAAGCAGCGUGGAAGGGCCACGCUGGGGAUGCAUGCCGGCUUGCUGUCAGAGGCACUGGAGUCUUUAAGACAAGCUAGCGAGCUAGUGUGUAUGCAGCCAUGGCUCUCUCUGCAUGUGGGCAUCAUGAGUCCAGGGUGGACACACACCUGUGUGCUGGCAAGAGCCCCUUCCCCUCGACCUUUCCCCUCCAGCUUGCCUCGGUCCUCAGCUCCUGCCUGCCUCCUGCUGUGUCUUCUCAGGUGGUGCCCAGGGACCCCACGGCCGCCCCAAGUGUGCUUCUUUACCGGCAGUUACUGCCGCGUGUCUGGACAUGAAAGGCAGCACCUUGCACGCCUUUUGACAUUUGAUUAACAAAUAUAUGUUUACACACUCAUGUGUCAGUUCUUUUGGUCAUUUCUUCAAAUAUGUUGAGUUUGUAUUAAAAACUUCUCAAAAAAGCAAAAAAGAAAUACAUUCUACCUUGUCAUUCUUGGGGAGAUUUUGGGGGGAUAAGUUAUUGCAUACCCAUGAAUAAGUUGUUGAACCAGGACCUUA